CCCCCCUCCUAAGCCCCAAGACGGCCCAAGAGGACCCCAAAAACGACCCCGGAGGUUCCGGAGUCCGACCAAGAGGGCCCCAAGAGGGCCCCAAGAAAUUCUUCCAGAGCCAUUUUGGUUCAAGUUUUGGCUUAAGGGGUGGCCGCAGUGAGAGCUUGGUCCGACCGACCUGCCGUCUCCCGCGUCGCGUCGUUGGGCGUGCGUCGGCGUUGUAGUAAUGGUCAACGUGGACGUUCUUUCUCUGUUCGCGGCCUCUGUGAAGGCAGUGCUCAAGAUCGGCGUAGUAACAGGCGCCGGAGUUCUCAUGGCGAGAUGGGGCAUCAUCACGAAUGAAGGCAAGAAGUGCCUCGGAGAACUGACGAUGACUCUUCUGAUCCCGUGCCUUAUGUUCACUCAGGUUGCGGAUUGCGACGUGCAGCACAUUCCUUGCGCAAACAUAAAGUCGGUAAUCUUGGGCUCCUGGGUUCUAUUCCUGUGGCCACUUGUUGUCGUCUCGAGUGGGUACGGGCUGGGCUAUCUGGUAUCCAAAAUGCUGAGGGUGCCGCAGACUUUUGCCAGGGCUGCUGCUGGGUCUGUCGCUUUCGGCAACUCCACGGGCAUGCCGCUCGUGCUUCUCCAGGCGCUCACCCCAUCCUUGAUCGCUAAUGGUAUUCUGGAGGAGAGUCCCCUGCUGUAUCUUCCUGUGUACCUGGUCUUGUCGCCAGUCCUGCAGUGGACGAUCGGACCUGCAAUAUUCCAAGCGCCCAAGCUUGAAGAUGGGGCGGCCCCCCUUGCUCGAGAUGGAGAUGGAGAGAGUGAGACCGCAUCCGAUGAGUCGGACGACGAGGGUGAGAGCGCAGAGCGUGACCCGGUGCAGGGAGACCAGGCCGACACGGGCAGCUCGGUGCAAUCUGUGCCACAAUUCGCCCCCCAGGCCGAGAUUGACGACGGGGUCACGUUGGAGUCAAUCAAGUCCGGACGCCUGAUGCCCAGGAAGAGAGACGGGGUAUGGACAAACGUGAGCAAGGUCUUGUCCCUUUUCGUGUCGCCGCCAGUUCUGGCGACUAUCCUCGGCAUCUUCUUCGCAGUGGUCAGGCCAAUGGAGCCGCUCGAUGCGUUUUUGUUCCCCAGUGCAGAGCCCGGUUCGAAGCGGGUGUUUGAUUGGGUAUACCAAGGCUUGCGCAGUAUAUCCAAUGCGGCCGUGCCAGUGCAAUAUCUGCUGCUUGGAGCGAAUCUGUCUAAAGGCGCAGAUUUCGGAGCCUUGCCCUUACCAACUAGUGUCGCUCUCGCUACGACGAAGAUGAUACUACAGCCAGCAGUAGUGAUGUGUCUUGUUUGGCUAGUCUCCCGCGUCGUCGGGGACAACGGAAGUGCUGGGAAGUGGUUAGUUGCCAUUAUGGUCUCGCUUACGCCAACCGCGAAUAACAUAAUGGUUCAGGCGGAAGCUGGUGGUCAAGACAAGGCUGCUCUGAACACGCUGAUUUUUACCCAGUACAUGCUGUCUCCCGUUCUGCUGACAGUGUCCCUGACUGCAACAGCUUUCAUGAUGCAAGUUAAUGGGUUCCUGCCGAGCCACCCAUGAAGCUACGGCCAGAGGUGAGGCAAGUCGUCCAUGCUGAGACCAUGGCCAUGCCUCGGAGGAAGUUUAGAAGGGCAUACCAGCAAGGCCUAAACGCAGCCGGGCCUUCGGCGCGUCUCAUCACCUUGGCGCUGUUUUCUGUGCCGGCGCCGUUUGCGGCGCCGUGCCAGCGUGGCUAGACCCUCUGCGAUCUGGCUGCUUUCAUGUUUAAAGUGCAGGGUGUAGGUCGUGUUCAGAUUUUGGGUCCGUGGGGUGUCGGCCAGGCCAGUCGCACUGUGAUAAUGCCUGUGCCCGAGCGUCAGCUGUCCCCUCUGGUAGAUUUUCGGCCUCUAGGGGUCCUCGCCACCAUUUUUUGGGGGUGCCCCAUCAGUUUUGCAGCGCCGACAUCGCCCUCGCCCGUCGCCAAAGUUAAUUCGAAAAAGGGCCCCAAGAAACUCCAAGGGAUUUCAAGGGAGGGCCAAGAGAGUCUGCUGGGCCGUCUUUGCGC